CUCAUCCAGUUCAACAGGCGGCGCUGUCGCGACUGCGGACAACUGAAAAUAAGCGGAAGUGUGACGUCAGCAGACGAACCAUCAACAUUAAACUGCGUCGAGUUGUGUUUUAGAGAGGCCCGACUAAUUUCAUCAUGCCUGAACGCGAAUCUGAUGUUUACUCCAAUCCUUUGGCUCCGGACGGACAUGAGGUGGAGGACCACCGCUCGGCGCUGCAAUCCAAGCUGACCAACGAUGACUUCCGGAAGCUUCUGAUGACCCCGAGAUCUACGCCGUCUUCCGCUCCACCCUCCAAGACACGCCACCAUGAGAUGCCACGGGAAUAUAAUGAGGAUGAGGAUCCUGCGGCUCGCAGGCGAAAGAAAAAAAGAUACUAUGCGAAGCUGCGGCAGCAGGAGAUGGAGCGCGAGCGCGAGCUGGCGGAGAAGUACCGUGACCGCGCUCGAGAAAGACGUGACGGUGUUAAUAAAGACUACGAGGAGACGGAGCUCAUCAGCACCACGGCCAACUAUCGAGCCGUGGGACCCACUGCGGAGGCGGACAAAUCAGCAGCAGAGAAAAGGCGUCAGCUGAUCCAGGAGUCGAAGUUCUUGGGUGGUGAUAUGGAGCACACUCACUUGGUGAAGGGUUUGGAUUUCGCUCUGCUACAGAAGGUCAGAGCUGAGAUCACUAAUAAAGAGCGGGAAGAGGAGGACAUGAUCGAGAAAGUGCAGAAGGAAGUCAAGAAAGAUGAAGAUCCAGAGCAGAAGAUUGAGUUCAAGACUCGCUUGGGACGGAACAUCUAUCGAAUCCUGUUCAAGGGUCGUCAGAUGGAGCGUAACGAGCUUUUCCUGCCGGGCCGCAUGGCGUAUGUGGUGGACCUGGAAGACGAGUACGCAGACACAGACAUCCCCACCACACUCAUCCGCAGCAAAGCCGACUGCCCCACCAUGGAGGCUCAGACGACGCUCACCACUAAUGACAUAGUGAUCAGCAAACUGACGCAGAUCCUGUCGUACCUGAGGCAGGGCACCCGCAACAAGAAACUCAAGAAGAAGGACAAAGUGCGUCUGGAUGAGAAGAAGGCACCAGAGGCUGACAUAAGCAUCUUUGACGACAUCGGUGACUACACACCCUCCACCUCCAAGAGCAUCAGAGACAAAGAGAAGGAGCGCUACCGUGAGCGAGAGAGGGAGAGGGAGAGAGAGCGAGAGAGGGAGCGGGAGAGAGAGAGAGAGAGAGAUCGUGACGAGGAGAAAAGACGACACAGUUACUUUGAGAAACCCCGAGCUGAUGAUGACGAGGCUGUGGACAUUGAUAAAGGUCCAAGCUCUGUGAAGGACCAGAUCAAGCUGAUCAAUGAGAAGUUUGCAGGAGCCGCUCACUUGCAGGGCCCUGAAGCUGGAAGCAGACGUGAAGAGAAGAAGCAUCUUGGGGAUUUCUUUGGGAUGUCAAACAGCUACGCCGAGUGCUACCCGGCCACAAUGGAUGAUCUGGCUGUGGACAGUGAUGAGGAGGUGGACUACAGCAAGAUGGACCAGGGUAAUAAGAAGGGUCCUUUGGGCCGCUGGGACUUCGACACGCAAGAGGAGUACAGCGACUACAUGAACAAGAAGGAGGCGCUUCCCAAGGCUGCCUUCCAGUACGGCAUCAAAAUGUCCGAGGGCCGAAAGACUCGCCGCUUUAAAGAAACCAACGAGAAGGCUGAGCUAGACCGACAGUGGAAGAAAAUCAGCGCUAUCAUUGAGAAGAGAAAGAAGAUGGAGGCAGAUGGGGUAAAUGUAAAACGGCCCAAAUAUUAAAGCUUCAUGGAUCCUCCAGGCGCAUGUAUAUGACGCACAUGGAUACACAGUAAAAGAGUUGAUGUUUUUCUAAUUCUUCGUGAAUACAGUGGUAGAGAAAAGAUGUUAAAAGAUGUUAUUAUUUCUCAUUUUUACUGUUAAUCGCAAGUUUUUUUUGGUAGAGUGUUUCAGAAUUAGAUGCAAUUGUGACACCAGAGCUUCUAGAAACUAAAUGAUCAUUUAUCGUGACUUGUUAGUGUUGCCAAUUUUAUUGCAAGCAUUGAUGGGGACAAAGCUCCCUGUGUAUCUAAGGCUUUGUUCUGGAAAUAAACAUCCUGUGACAAGACCAAAUGCACCCGCUCAACUCCUGUUUGAACGCAUUUAUUCAUUAAUAUACAAAUGCACUUUCAUGUAAUUCUGAGUAACAAUAAAGCAUAACACACCCUGGAA